UAUGCGCUGCACACAGCGCGCGUUUCUUGUGCUUGGUCGCAACAACUCCGAUGUUUACAUCAUGCCACUGCUUUUUUUUAUUAUCAGCAACCAGGUGUGUUGAGGCUGCUAUUCACAUAGGAAUUUGCUUUUAAUGCUUCCCGUUUGUCGGACAGUUGAACAACGCUGUCUGUCAGGCUCUGUUAGAGCUGGUCAGUGUUUUACAGUCACUGGUUACAGUUACCAACCAGCACCUGGUGUUAGCUAACAGACGACAGGUGAUGGUCAAACCUGAGGAACGGCAUUAGCAGCUUCAGUCUGGGUGUAAACUACGCUAAAUUUAGCCCCUGUUUGAGUCAUAGAGAUGCCUCCCAACAAACGGAUACAGAAGAAAACACUUAAAUUGGAGUGUGAAUGGGGUCCGUGUCAGGAGUCGUUCAGUCGGAUGGAAAACUUCUGCAAGCAUGCAGAGGGUCACCUUAGUGCUUUGAACAUGGCGGAGGAGGACGAAGAAGAAGCAGAAGCGGAGAGAAACUGUCUCUGGAGAGACUGUGGUUUCUGUUCUGUGGAGGGUCCUGAAGAGUUGCGAAGACACCUGUUCUUUCACUGUUACCACACUAAGCUGAAGCAGUUGGGCCAGCAGAUGCUCAAUGCCCAGCCAGAAAUCGGCAGCUGCUCCAUCGGCUACCAGAACCGCAACAUCAUCCCUGAAAUCCCAGACAAUUUUAUCUGCCUUUGGGAGGAAUGUGAGCAACCACCAUAUGAAAACCCUGAGUGGUUCUACCGACAUGUGGAGAUGCAUAGCCUGUGCAUAGAUAUACCAGCAGGAGACUGUGAAUUCCCAAUACGCUGUGGAUGGAAAGAUUGUGAAGCCACUGCUAAAGGCCGUCCUAAGCUGCGGGAGCAUCUGCGCAGCCAUACCCAGGAGAAGGUAGUGGCGUGUCCAGGCUGUGGGGGGAUGUACGCCAGCAACACCAAGCUGUUUGACCACAUCAUACGACAGAGCGCCAUGGAAGGUCAGAGGUUCCAGUGUUCUCACUGUUCCAAACGUUUUGCAACAGAAAGACUGUUGAGAGACCACAUGAGGACCCACGUGAGUCAUUACAAAUGUCCACUCUGUGACAUGACUUGUCCGUCGCCCUCUUCACUGCGCAACCAUAUCAAGUUCCGCCACAGCAACGAGAAGCCAUACAGCUGUGAAUACUGCGAAUACAGCUGUAAGAAUCUGGUCGAUUUGCGCAAACACCUGGACACCCACAGCAGCGAGCCGGCGUUCCACUGCGACGUUCCUGGCUGUGGUUUCACCUCCCGUACCCUUGGUACCAUGAAGAUUCAUCACAAAAGAGAGCAUGAGGGCAGUUUUGUAGCUCGCUACAAGUGCCAUGUGUGUGGUCAGUGCUUCACCAGGGGCAACAACUUAACAGUCCAUCUGCACAAAAAGCACCAAUUCAAAUGGCCCUCUGGACACCCCAGGUUCAGGUACAAAGAGCAUGAAGAUGGCUUCUUGCGGCUGCAGCUGAUUCGCUACGAGAGCGUGGAACUGACCGAGCAGUUGAUGAGGGAAAGGCAAAACAGGCAAGCGGAGGAGGAUGAGGACGGCAGCCAGGCUGAGGGACAGGAGCUGGAGGACGGAUCUGCAGGUGCAGCUCCUUCAGAGUUGCAGGUAGAACUGAGAGGGGUGCUGCUGGAGGAGCAGAGGACUGAGGACCCGACCAUGAGCGCAGAGGAGAGUGGCCAGGAAGAGGGCAUGUUGUACGUUCUCACCGGAGGUUUGUCACAAGCAGAGGAGGACUCUGCCAUGCUGCUGGAUCCUGCUCAACAGCAAGGAAUGCAGAUAGUUUGACCACCAACGGUCCUGCGUCCACAUCCUAUACAGGAGAGGACAUUCUGUAAUCAGCUCUGUUGUUUCACAGACACAUGGCAAGUGUAUGAAGACUUUUGUGGAAUUUCUUACCCUUUAAUGAAAGCCGGUACAGAGCUGUAGCUUAGUUUUUAAAAAGAAAGUGAAUGACUGGAUAAUAAAUUAAAACAUCUAAAUUAAGGGACACAUGCUCCAAGGUCUUGACUAUCAGCCUAUAUUAGGUAAUAAACCUUUUUUAUGUGUUUUGUUUGCUAAUGUUGAGCUUGUGGGGAACCUGUUUGCCAUUAUUUUUAAAUUAUUUUCAAUUCAUUCAUUGUACUACAACAUUGUGAGAUACAUGGAUACUAAUGCUGCAGUGCCUAGUGGCUGGUCAUUCUCUUUUAGAUGGGAAAGCUGUCCCAUAUUCAGAAAUAGUCACAGCCACACCUAUUGACGAUUUAGAAUAUGAGUCACAGAAGUGGUGUGUUUGCAUUAAUAUUCACCAUAAUGUGUAGAAUCCAGCAAAGAGGGAAAGUGUGUUAUUUUUUUGGACACUGACAACUUGAAUAAACUUGUGACACAAAA